GAGAUUAGGUAUUGAGAAAGGAAAACUCUGAACUAAGUUAGAAUCAGUUUGCCCUUUUAGAGCCUAUGGGCCACACUUGCGCUACUAGCGGUUGGUCUCACACAUUGGGGAGAAAAGUACAAUCGACUUUCACUGCCAAAGUUGGAUUUAUCACGUUGAAAGGCACAGUCCAAUCCAAUACCACUCUCAUCCAAUCAGCUCUUAUUUUCACGCCAGAGUAGGCUACUUGCAGGCAGAUUUUUAGAAGAUGGCGACUGCGGAACCGGAACCCAUUUCUAAUCCUUCAAAUUCCGAGGAAGAGAAAAGUGAAACAACUGGACAAGAAGUUGUUCUAAAUCCUGAAGAGAAAAGUGAAACAACUGGACAAGAAGUUGUUCUAAGUCCUGAAGAUUACAUCAAGCAUCCCCUACAGAACAGAUGGGCUCUUUGGUUCUUCAAAAAUGACAAAAGCAAAACAUGGCAAGCCAACCUGCGUCUCAUCUCAAAGUUCGACACAGUGGAAGAUUUCUGGGCCCUGUAUAAUCACAUUCAGCUGUCAAGCAAUCUGAUGUCGGGCUGCGACUACUCCCUCUUUAAGGAUGGUAUUGAGCCCAUGUGGGAGGACGAGCGGAACAAGCGCGGUGGCCGCUGGCUCAUCACACUGUCCAAACAGCAGCGACGCCAAGACCUGGACCGCUUCUGGCUGGAGACGCUCCUGUGCCUGGUCGGCGAGGCCUUCGAUGACCACAGUGAUGAUGUAUGUGGAGCAGUGGUCAAUAUCAGAACAAAAGGAGACAAGAUUGCAAUCUGGACGAUGGACUAUGAGAAUAAGGAUGCAGUGACACACAUAGGGAGAGUGUAUAAGGAGAGGCUGGGCGUCCCUGCUAAAGUCAUCAUUGGGUACCAGUCCCACGCAGACACUGCUACCAAGAGCGGCUCCACCACCAAAAACAAGUUUGUCGUCUGAGGAGCAUCUGUCCUGCCAUGCCAUGCCAGGGACUUCUGGGUUCUGAUCUUGAAGCAUUUUUCACUUUCAGUUGAAUUGAUCAUUUGUGCCAGAGAGCGAGCGAGAGAGCGCGAGAGUGAGAGCGCGUGUGUGUGUGUGUGUGUGUGUGUGUGUGUGUGUGUGUGUGUGUGUGUGUGUGUGUGUGUGUGUGUGUGUGUGUGUGUGUGUGUGUGUGUGUGUGUGUGUGUGUGUGUGUGUGUGUGUGUGUGUGUGUGUGUGUGUGUGUGUGUGUGUGUGUGUGUGUGUGUGUGUGUGUGUGUGUGUGUGUGUGUGUGUGUGUGUGUGUGUGUGUGUGUGUGUGUGCGUGCGCUCAUGUGUGAACACAGACAGAAUAUGUUUGUGUCUCGGUUACAUUGCCAUAGUGUUCAAACAGAAACAGUGGCUUUAUAUGCCUUGAGCAUAAGCCAGAGAUAAACAAUGGUGAGACUGGAUGAUGUAGACCGCAACAAUAAUAAUAGUGAUGAUGAUGAGGAUAAUAAUAAUAAUGAUAUUAUUAAUAAUGAGAAAUAAUGUCAAACCACAGCACUACAUUUGAACAAAAUAAAUGUAAUUAUUUGAGAGAAUUAAGAUGAGAACAAUGGUCUGGAGUACAAGGACAAGGAAAGGGUAGGAACUAUGGCGACUGUUCUAGUCCCAGUAUGAACAGAUGUCUGAAUGGGCUUAGAACCUAGAACGUACGUAUUCCGGAAGGGGUGUUCCAAGUACGUGGUUUAGUGACAAACCUAAGUAAAUUAACUCCGAUAAAGUGGUAAACCUCUUACAACAAGAGCCCAGUGACAUUGUUUUGUUAGGAGAAUAAAGCUGUGCAGCUCUUCUAUUAGGUUUACCACUUACUCUGAGCUAACUUGCCCAGGGCUGUCACAAAACCAUGUACUUGGAAUACCCCCCCUGAAUGCACAAGAGGCGAAACUCCCCUCCCCUACAUGUGUUUUUUACAGUACGAGAGCAUAUGGUUCAGGCCAACCUGUACAGUAUCAAAACGGCAUCAGCAUUGUUGAACAUGUAUGUCCUAAAUAAACAGAGAGUAUGGUGCUCUUUCCUCUGUAGCGUGACCAUAAUCAUGCUUCAGUAUUGUGCUUUGUUGGGGGCCCUUACUCUAAACAAGUGUGCUUUUUGACUUUGAUGCCUUUUUAUUUGAGUUAAGCCUUUAGCCUAAGUUAUUUUUUUUACUUGGCUGCUGGGACUAUGGCUGACUUUUUCCUUCUUUGUUUUAAAUGUCUUAUUUUAGAUUAGUUAAGAUGCAGUGGUCCCUGCUGCUUCAUUCUCCACCCCCUCUUUAUUUUACUUUAUUUUUUACUUGUUUGCAGGGUCAUUUCAAGCUCUCAGCAUUUCAGUUCAUGGAAGUCAUUUUGACUCUACACCUGUAUAUUUUGUAAUAUGUUUGUUUAUUUGUUUGUUUUUAUUUUUGUUGUAUCUCUGGGUUUAGUUUGUUGUUUACAUUCCCAGCUCUCUCUGUGUGUGUGUGUGUGUGUGUGUGUGUGUGUGUGUGUGUGUGUGUGUGUGUGUGUGUUGAGAAGCCUAUUGGGUUGGAACCUGGGGGCGUGGAGACUGAACACCCCCUUGGCCCAGCUCCUGUUGAUGUACAAAACUUUGAAUGUAAAUAAAUUUGUACAGUGUUAGUUAUCUGUGUGUAUUCUUUCCUGACACACUCAAUGGCCCAACUGUCUAUACUCUAGUCUUUGCACCUUUGACGGUUCUUGACUGUUUGUGAGGACCUAUGCGACUACAAAUGUGAAGUUGAUGUAUGUGCUGUUAAUGGAUUGUAAUGGAUGUUCGUGUGGGGUAGCAACUGGUUAGAUUCUCAUAAACUCUCAAGUUGUUGUUGCCCAUGCUCUCAUAAUGCCAAGAACCAUUUCAAUUGAAAUUUCCAACACUCAUUUCACAGCAAUUUAUAGACUGUUCUUUUUAUAUAUAACCUGUUUG